AUGCUGCGACACGAGGACCACGGCAUCGACCGCGUCGCCGUCUCCAGCCUCGAUGACGUCCGGAUAGCCUCGUCCAACACCAUAGAAGUGCUGAUGGAAAACGACUUCAAACUUAUCGUCAACGACAGCGUCUACGUGGUGAACACGCCCCGGCAGGAGAGACUAACCAAAGAAGAACUGCAGCGGCUGUCAGAUGUCCGGAACUUGGUGAACCAGAUGUACGAAGCCCUGAACGUGGAGGAGCAUCAGCUGCACAAGGAGAGGGAGCUGUGCUCGCAGCUCGAGGAGCUCAAGGUCGAGCUGGAACCAAUGGAGCAGAAGCGACAGGAACUGGAACAGAUAGCUUCCCGCCGAACCAACAUCUUGACGUGGGUUGGCCUCGGCCUUAUGUCGGUGCAGUUUGGCAUCCUGGCACGGCUCACCUGGUGGGAGUACUCCUGGGACAUCAUGGAGCCCGUCACUUACUUCGUGACCUACGGAACGGCUAUGGCUGCCUACGCCUACUUCGUAUUGACCAGACAGGAGUACCUUCUUCCAGAUGUGAAGGACCGCCAGCACCUCAUCAUCCUGCACAAGCGUGCCCGAAAGGUGGGAUUGGACCUGGGCCGCUACAACCAGCUCAAGGACAGCAUCGCUCAGCUGGAAGCGGACCUGCGCCGGCUGCGUGAUCCCCUGCAGCUGCACCUGCCCCCCCACCACCUGUCGUCGGCACGGUCACGGCCGGGCGCCGGCGCGGAUGCCACCGAGCCGCGCUCUCCCCUCGAGCGUGCCCAGGCGCACAUACGUAGCCUCCUGCAGCGCGGCAGGAGCGCCACGAGGGGGUCCACGUAA